UGUCAAUUCUCGCGCGACAGACGGAUCAAGGCUCUGCCAGGAUGUCAUAUUCAUAAAUUCGACCUUACUUAGUACAAACUUUAGAGUACAGCCAUUGACUGGUUAGGUUUUGAUGAGUGUACGCGUGUGAAAAAAAAAAGGAAGACUUUGGCGGCAAUUUCAAAUAAUUUUGGAUUUGGAAUAAGGAAAAAACGUGGCUUAUUGGUUAUAAUUGAAAUUUGAAAAAAGGAAAAGCUUUGCAAAUUAGGGACUUUUCAAAUUUGGAAAAAGAAUAAUAGCGAAAUAUUUUGUAAAUUUCAUAUUUGGAAAACUUAAAAACGCAUCAUAUUUAAGACAUUUUGAAUUUGGAAAAAGAAACAUGAAUACUUAUUUGUGGAUUGCACUAGUUUUAACAGCUUUAAGCGUCAGUGAAGCUCAAAGGAGUGCCCUCCCGCCGGUGUCAGUGGCGAGUUUACGACAGCUUAUGAGAGCUUAUUUUACAGUGCCCGAAGGCAGAACUUCAAGCAUAAAUGACAUCGUGAUAUUACAUUAUACUAACUACACGGAAACGUCAGGCGCGUACCGCCUGCGGACCGUGAGCAAGGUGCUCUCGGACCCUGGGUUCGAUGCCUCCAAACCUACCCUACUCUACGCUCACGGAUACGUCGAAUUCACCUCAGACGAUAGUGUCCGUACAAUAGUGAGAGCUUACCAACAAAAUGGCGGCUACAACAUCUUGAUACUGGACUGGUCCAACAUCGCUUUCGGGGGGUACGUCAUGGUCUCCAUGGGGGCGCAGACGACGGGAGAAGCAGUCGGCAAAGCCAUGCUGAGCUUGGUGAAGGCGGGGCUUCCCCGCGAGGGCCUGCACUUCGUGGGGCACUCCAUGGGCGUCCACGUCCUGGGGGCUGCAGCCAGGACCAUGGCGGCUGCCGGGGUUAAAGUGCCCAGACUGACGGGCCUGGACGCGGCGUACCCCGGGUUCUACCCCGCGCUCCUGGGGCGCGCCGCGGCCGCCGGCGACGCGGAGUUCGUGGACGUCAUCCACACCGACGGCGGCGGGUACGGAGCCCCCAACGCUGUGGGGCACGCCGACUACUGGCCCAAUGGAGGCAUCGCCAAGCAGCCUGGAUGUGUCUCUGCCACGAUCUUUUUGACGACAGAAGAUUUCUGCAGCCACUGGCGCUCGUGGGCUUUCUGGGCGGAGGCAGUCGCGGGCAGCAAGUUCUGGUCGCGGCGCUGCGAUAACUACGACGCCUUCCUCCGCGGACUUUGUAAGGACAACGAGCCCGUCCUCAUGGGCCCCAAGUCCGGGACUGAAAUAAGAGGCAACUUCUAUCUUAGGACGGCGGCGGCAGUGCCUUAUUCCCUUGGCAAACAUGGGGCAGAAUAACAUUGGCUGUGUUUAGAUGUAUGUAAAUAGUUUAGUAGGUAUUUGUCUGUUGUUAAGUUUGAAAAAUGUGAAUGAAGUAAAUAUGUUUUAUAGUUGUAAAUAAACUUUAUA